UGCACGGGCCCAACAAAGACAAGGGGAGCCCGAGAAACAGAGGCAGGAGAGGGUCGAUCCUUCCCAUCCCAAAGGAACCCUAAUCUGGAUCUCAAAUUUCGUCGGCGGCGGAACUCCGUCGCGACUAGCCGGAGCAGAGGGGGAGGAGGCUGAGUCCUUGGACAUGGGUGUCAAGCUACCGGAGGAGGGGAAGAAGGCGCUAUCCCUCGCCUAUCGGAGCGGGCUAAAUGCCGUCGAAAGGGGGAAGGCCGUAUCCCUCGCCGUCCACGGCGGGCUCAAAGCCGAGGUCGCCGUCUACGUCGCCGUCCGGAGCGGGAUCGAGGCCGAGAAAGUGAGGAAGCUGGUCGACAACGCCGUCCAGCGCGGCGGACUGGAGGCCGAUGAGGCGGAGAAGAUCCUCCACCUCGCCGUCCGGAGCGGGCUCGACGCCGAGGAGACCCUCUCCGCCGCCAUCCGCACGGGCCUGAAGACCGAGGAGGAGAUACACGCCUGCCUGCUCCAGCAGCUGCUCGCGUCCUUCGACAAGCGAAACAGGAACGACCCCGAGCUGGACAAGUGGAUACGCCCCGUCGACAGGAGCAGAAAUGCCCCCAAGUUCCCCUUCUUCCUCUUCAAGAUGAAGGCGUUCGCUGAGAAAGCGCAGGUAUCAUGGUGGAUGAAGAAGUACGAUAUAUUCCCUCCCGAGCGGCCGGGGUACACCUGCGCCUUGCGGGUCGCGCGCCUGGUGAUCGGACCGGAUGGAUUCCGUCUGGAGCAGGCAGGGGAGGGUGGGCAGCCGGGUGCGAUAUCCUACCAUACCGACACGAGUUACAAGAAGUGGCUACGUCCCAAAGAAGGCAUCUUCAAGGAGGGCUCCUCUCCGCCUCUCAGGGAGGUCGCCGUGAUCCAGAGGCUGCCCCGCGGCGAGGGGAUUUCCAUCAUGUCUCAUGUGAAAGGGCUUGGUGUCAAGCUUGGUGAUGUCCUCUUUGUGUUGCACGGUUGGUCUUUAACCGUAGCCCUGACCUUCACCGAACGGGAGUUCUAUGUCUCUUCCAAGUUCACAAAGGAGUCCUUGUAUGCUAGCGCUGAUCUUGAUUUCAUAGACAUUACGGUCCCUGUUGAGAAUCUCACCAAGAAGCUUUACCAGAUGUAUAAGCUGGAGGGACAAGAUAAAAGGAAAGUGCAGCAGAAACAAGAUAAUCAGCAGACAGCGAAGCUGAUGUGCCAGCAGGAGGAACGGAUGCGCCAGCUAGAGGACCAGAAAAAGGAGAAACUGGAAGUCCGGCAGAGGAGAAGGGCUGAGAGGAAGAAAUAUGAUGGCCUGCAUAUGGAAAUGAAGAAUGUGGUUCGACAGAUGAAGCAAGGAGCAAGUGCUGAAGGAAUACAAGGGCAACUUGAAGAAUUUGAGGACACUUGCUAUUGCACCCCAAUGCGUUUUCUUUUCGGAAAACCUGAACUUGAUUUGGCGAAACCAUCGGAAGAGGAGCUAUGCCAAAGUGAUGAGAUGUGCAAGGAGUGUCUAGAGGAGUCUAUGAAGCUUGCAGUACAGAUCGGUCAGCUUAAUCUUGGUGGUGGUGGAGCUGGGGCAGGUAAGGGAAUAGAGAAACCAUCGCCAGCAUGACGAACGACCAUGAAGGAAAAAUAGUACGGGAGAGGAUACAGGGUCGACCCAUUCACGGAGCUCCCUCCCUAAGAAAAGUUAACAUUAUAAUUUGAGGAAACUUCAAUGGUUAUAAUCAAAAAGAGCCUUUUGGUCCCAAAAAAAGAGCCUAGCUACUGUCAAGAUUCAGAUAAUGCAACUGAUGCAUGAAAUAAGUAGAAUAAAUAUUUUGUAACCCUGGGUUUCAAUUCAUUUUUACCAUCCAUUUUCUGAAACCACUAGUAGAAAACAGGGCUUAGGUCACAGGACAGUUUUCACAUUAGUCUCGGUUCAGUCAAGAACCGGGACUAAUGUGAGCAUUGGUCCCGGUUCGUGCGGCCAGGGGCCUGCCGGGCC